CUCGUUUCGCCAGGCGCGCGUUUUGAUGGUCCGUCUUGCUGGUUUCGGUUUCGGCUGGGAUGCAGCCUGAACAAUUGCUUGACGCGUUCAAAAAAGAUUUAGAUAAUUUGAAAGAUAAUGACAAAUACAAGAUCAAUGCCCUCACCAUAUUUGCCAGGGAUCACAAAGAUUCUGAUGAUGUUGCGCAAGGCAUUGUUACCCUAACUACUAACCACGUUCAUGCGAUCCCGUCGGGACUCAAACUCAUCGGCCUCUACGUUAUCGACUCAAUAGUUAAAAACGUAGGUGCACCAUUCAGAAAAUUGUACACAAGCACAAUCGUGGAUGCGUUUGUGCAUUCAUUCCAAGCGAUUAGAGACGAGAAGGGUCGUCUCAAACUGUACAACCUCCGGACAACCUGGAAAGAUAUCUUCCCAAACACCCGAAUGUAUGAACUAGAUAUCAGGGUGCGUGAACAUGACCCUGCUUGGCCCUUGUUGGCUGUCCCGCCCGAGAGCAAAGCUGCUUUCCGUUCCUUGCCCAACAUUCCCAAAAUCCAAAACAAGACGGAUAAUAAGGAUAUUGUCGUCACAGAAACAUCAUCUCCUCUUACUGCAUCCAUUUCUUCUUCACGUGACCCCCGCCUUAACCGAAAACGAAAAUCCCCAACAACAUCAGCUCCUGCUCCAGCGGAAGAGUUUUUGAUCGAUCGUUCCGGAGACCAGAAAAUGGAGGCUGUUGCUCGUAAGCAUGGAAAACAGGAGGAGAACGUAGAACCACCGAAGAAACCAGCGCUUUUCGGUGGUCAGGAUCUAGACAUGCGCCCACAAAAUACACCACUACCGGUGCGGUCGGGUGUGUGGUCAGAAUAUAUUGAUAAGCACGCGGAAGUUGUCUCCCGUAGGGAAGUAAAGGAUGUCGAUAUGAGGGUUUCAAACGCUCCUGUGCGCCCGGAAAGCCUAGAAUCUCGGCCUCCGGUGUCUUGCACCAUUUUGCCUACCCCUACAACCGUAGUGGCUGCACCCGUGUUGCCUUCACCUGUAAACUUGACUCGUCAUUUCACUGAAUCCCGGGCCCCAACUGCAGCCUCACUUGCUUCCAACGAAUCAUCUGCCUUUGCGGUUCCAGCCGAAAACCAAAACUUCGUGCCUCAUGAUACGAAUGUGCGCGUCUUGUCUCAGCCACCGCCGCCCCAUACACAAAUCUUACCUUUACAGGGUUUUCAGCCACGGGUUACCCCGCGUUUCGAUAAAGACCCGAGUUUGGAGCGAUUGCCGAUCAUGCCUGAGCCGUUCAACCCACCAAGUCGAUCUGUGGUUCGUGGCCCUCCCAUCCGUGGUCCAGUAUGGAGAGUGGAGAUUUAUGGAUUCCCUGAUAUGGUCAACAUUGGAGUCGACCCCCGUAUGCUGUCUUUAGUGCCGCAUCCAAAGCCUCCAAGACGUAUUACGAUAGAUGGCCGCCAGUACAGUCUCCUUCUAGACCGUGUGCAGCCCUUGAUAAUGGUGGGGGAUCAGGUGCAUGCGGUCCGAUUUCGAUGUGAAUUUGCCACAGUUUUGAUUGAUGGUCGCUGCUUCACUAUUCCGGGGACCGGGUUCACUAAAGUGAUGGUUGGAUGGCGGCCCUAUCAAGCCUAUUUGGGUGGCCCGGGUCAUGAGUUGGUGAUAGAUGGGAGACCACACACUAUACCACUGAGUUCACAGCUGACGUACGUAACUGUUGGAUAUCACUCUGUUGGCGUGAAAUUUGUUGGCGAUUUACCACGAAAUGUUAACGUGUUGCCGCCCAUUCCUCCCCGUUUGCUGAAGUGGGCCGGCCAAGGUUUGUUCGGAUCCCCCAGAGACCUCCGAAGAGCACCACUGAAUCCACUUGUCGAACUUGCCCGGCUAGCUGAAGGACGCCCAGCUCCACGUAAACCUACUAUGAUGCAGGACAACUCAGAAGUCAAGAUUAAAGGACAAACUGAUGCUGAACCACCAGUUGGGUUCGGUCGGUCACCCGUGACCAAUGUAGAACGACCGUUGUCAUCUAGCGAGUCGGCACCUGCAGUUACCGAUCCUAAAACUAUCAUUGAUGUACAUGCACUCUUUCAGAAGCUGGUUAAGGCGGGCAUAGUGUCGGACACUUCCCAACCCCCUCCUGAACUACAGAAUUACAGUUGGGAACGCUUCAAACAUCCAUGCACCUCCGAAACUGAUAACUUGUACACAGGUCACCAGUGCAGCCAGUGUGGGUUACGCUUUCAAAGUGAUCUUUCACCCGAAUUCGCCUCGCAUUUGGACUAUCACUAUAUGAAGAAUUCCUCUGAUGAAAGUGAACGGAGAAGCAGGAAUUUCUACCAAGGAGCACGGUAUUGGCUUCUGAGUGAAACAGUCAAUGAUGGUGGUUCUCAAUUUGAUUCCGAAACGCCUUUGCCGGAUCUUCAAGAGAGCAAGUGUCCCGCAUUUGCCGACCCAUCGCGAAACGUUUGUGCUGUGUGCUACGAGAAGUUUGACGUUAUCUGGGACCAUGAAGAGGAAGAGUGGAUGCUACGUGACGCGGUUUUGGUACAAGAAAAAGUUUACCACCCAAUAUGUCAAGAAGACGCAGGAAAAGAAUUCACUCCUGACAACGCGGUUGCUCAUGACAUGAAAGAAGUCCCACCACCCCUAUCCGAAUUGAAAGAUGAACCGACUGCUGACCUUGUCUCAGGGAACCACGAAACAAAGAGCCCGGUGGAUGAAAACGCGUUUGUUUGUGAGGACCACCAUGAUACAACGCAAAUCCCGGGUCUUUCACCCGUCCCCAGUCCGGAAGAAACUAAUGUUACGGUUAAGGAAGAGCCUAGCGAGACGAAAGGACUGCCACUCAAAUCAGAGUCCCGCGAAAUAAUUCCGGUGCACGAACAUAUCAGCGCUGACCCUCUCGCUGCUCUGACUGCUGUACUUCGAGGUGGAGUCUCUUCACUCGUUCAACCACAUAGCUCAUGAAUCGAAUUUGUACAGUCAGAUAUUUACAUUACUCACUGAAUUUUGCACCGUGUACAUAAAUUGGAUUCGUGUGUGCUAAUUUUCUCAGGUCUUGUUAUUUUACGUCGCG